GUCGCAUUUCCGCAGUGUCCAUCGCUUCGGAUGUUUAGUACAUUUUGGAAAGUCAUUUAAAAAGAAACAUGUUUUUUGUCAAUAAUCUGCGUAGGGCCCGCGUUUGUUUUAUUUCUAAAGUGGUCAGUCAGACACGCAUUGUUGCUUCACCAAGUGGAUACACUCCGAUGUUUUGUUUCGGCGGACUGACUGGAAAUCAGCUGCAUGCGGUCAGAAGGACACAGCUUCAUCUGAAACCAAAGGUGCAGCCUCACGCUCCCUCCACCUCUUGCCUCUCCACCACAUCUCGAUCUGAUGACGGCAGUCUGAUUUACACUGGCAGUCUUGGAAGGGCAGUCCGUGGGGUUAAAAUGUUCUCUUACAGCACCAGUGGAGCCAGUCUCUUUCUCAUGCCGCAGAUCCUCUUCAAGACCGGACUGGGAGUCCAGAGCCUCACCGUGCAGCUAGCUUUCUGCGGCGUUAUUGGCUUUUUCACCUUCCUCACCCCUGUGCUCCUCCACCUCAUUACCAAGGGCUAUGUGAUCCGUCUGUACCACAACCCAGACAGAGACAUUUACACCGCCAUCACCUACAGCGUCUUCCUCACUGAGCACAGGAUGGUCUUCCAUCAGAAUCAGGUCAGGAUACCAAAUGUCAGCAAGAUGUUCACCACGUUCUAUGCCAACGACACAGGGCUGCUGGUGAACCCUGACCUAUUCCCCUUCCCUCAGGACUACAACCAUCUUAUGGGCUAUGAUAAGCCCUUUACCUUCAGCAUGGAGGACACUGACAGACAGUGAUUGAUAAAAUGAUAUAAUAAAAUGAUGGUGGCGAUACAACAGACCUUGCGGAACACACGCAAAACAAUUUUGCUGUUGUUUUUGGGGGGAACUACACAGUGUGCACAAUUAUUAGGCAAGUCAAUGGGGCAGAAAAGAGAUUUAAGACUCUAAGAAGUCAAGAACUGUAAAGCAUCUUUCAUAGGGAUGCAGCACUCUUGAAAUUGCCAAGAUAUUAGGACAUGACCACAGAGCCAUUACAUGUUUUGUUGCAAGUGCACAAAAGGGUCGCAAGAAACGUGUCGAGAGAAAAACAUGCGAAUUAACUACCAAAUGUUUGAGAAAAAUCCAACCUGAAGCUCCCAGGAACCCAUCCUCCUCCAGUGCUGUCAUGUUCAGGACUGAAAUCUACUUGGAGUGUCCAGAAGUACGGUACAUGGUGUUCAGUGCUCAGGGACAUGGCCAAGGUAAGAAAGGCUGAAACCCGACCACCACUGAACAAGACACACAAGUUGAAAGGCUAUGACCAUGAAAUAUCUGAAGACAGAUUUUAUGAACGCUUUAUGGACUGGUGAGGGAUGGGCCCGUGGCUGCAUCAGCAACGGGCAGAGAGCUCCACUCCAACUCAGACGCCAGCAAGGCAGAGGUGGAGUACUGGUAAGGGCUGGAGUUAUUAAAAGAUGAGCUUGUUGGGCUCUUUGAAGAUUGACUCAAACUCAAUUACCAAACCUACUGCCACUUUUUUUUAACACAGUGGUACAGGAAAAAUGUGCAUCUUUCAAGAAGAGCAUGAUUUUUAUACAGGACAAUGCUCCAUCUCACACAUCCAAGUACUCUACUGUGUGGCUAGCUGAUAAAGGUCUUAAAAAAUAAUGACAUGACGUCCUUGCUAACCUGACCUCAACCCUAUUGAGUACUUGUGGGCCCUUAAACGUAAGAUAUUGUAAGUGAAAAAAGGUCCACCUAUCUGAACAGUGUCUGGGAGGCGUUGGUUGCUGCUGCACAAAAAGUUGAUGGUGAACUGCUCAAGAAACUGACAGACUCCAUGGAUGGAAGGCUUUUCCUUGUUAUUGAAAAGAAGGGUGGCUAUUUUUGGAAAUCUCAGAAAUAUUUAUUUGUAAAGUUUGUGUUGUUUAUCAUUCUGGCUUAAAAAAAUGAAAAUAAAGUUGUGAGAUGGGACUAUUUUUGUUUUUCUUUGAGUUGCCUAAUAAUUGUGCACAAAGAUAUUCUCAACAAAUGCCAAAACCUCACUUUUUGAAUUGACCAAGAGCACUGUUAUUGUUAAACAACAAAACUAUUAAUAAUGGAAAUUGCCUAAUAAUUGUGGACACACUGUACUAGGGCUGCAGCUAAACAUUAUUUUCUUAGUCAAUUAAUCAGGAACUUAUUUAGGCUGGGGUCGGCAACGUUUUUGCCAUUUUGCCUCCUCUUCCAGUAAAGAAAAACUAGUCAGCAGCCGCAAAACAUGACACAGCUUCUAAACCUUUAAAAGUUAAAAUGUUUCUAAUUUGUACCUGUUCCGACAGAGCAGAAAGGGCAUGUGUAGGCCUAAUUUGAAAUAACAGAAAUGCUGAAAUAUGUAUGCCUUUUUGAGUGGUUCCCGUAUUUGUGUCAAAUUAAAACUAAGUAGCCAGCUUUAACAUUAAAAAGCCCAUCAGAAUAUCGUUUACGUCACUUGACUCAUCACAGGGAAUUCAAUAUGCUCGUGCUGAAUUAAUGCAGGGGUGUCCAAAGUGCGGCCUAUGGGCUGUUUGUGGUCUGCAGCUGCCUUUUUAUUGGCCCUCAGCACGUUGUAAAAAUUCAAUUAAACAAGAAAACAAAAAAAAAAAAAUCAAAAGAGCAGUAGUUUCACAAGAAUAAAGUCAAUAUAAAGAAAAAGUCAUAAUAUUAAGCGGGAAAAAAGUUGUAAUUUUAUGAGAGAACGAAAUCUUAAUAUUAUCCAUCCAUCCAUCUUAUACUAUCCAUCUACUAUUGAAAUAACAGUCCUCUGCAGAAAUCUGAAAUCCAUAAGCAAUAAUGUAAUUCAUCAGAAACAAUAGGGUGAUCUGAAAACUGAAAAAAAUCUAUAUUAAUGAAUACCUCCCAAACAUAAGUUCAGCACAAACACAAGCAAUAAUAUGACAAAAUAUCACCCCUUUCACUACACAAAAGGUACGAAGAGUGACAAGAAAAAGUAAUAAUUUAAAACAAUAGUCUGACAGAAGUGUGGGUUAUGGAAUCAACAUGAACAGAGGAAGAAUUGGCACGGGGUGAGUUGAGGACAGAAAAAACUAUAAGAAAUGCAAUAAUACUUACUUGUGCGCUAGUACGGUACUGAUGUCUGUCUGAAUCUGUGUCGUGUGGAUUGUAAACGAUAUACAGCCAUUAACGAUGCUGCAACGAUUUCAUGCAUUUAUGGAUAUACUGUAGCUCGAAGUACAGUAUUUUUAGACGUGUGCUAACAAUAAAGAUGACUACUUCAUUCAGAAAUAUCUAUGAAUUAUUCUUCUCAUGGCUUCUAAAAGAAUGUUGCCGAGUUAUUGUUCUUGACUCUAGAAACCCGCACACGUGUAUAAAGGUAAACUUCAGCUGGCUGACUUUUUCAUACAACUUCUCUCUGUUAGCUAGCUCGACCUACCUAACAAGCAAGUGUAGCAUUUAGUUAUCAGGCUCCUCUGUUAUUGAACUAUCUCCUCGACUCAAUCUGGAGGGCAGACACCCUCUCUAUAUUUAAAAGUAAACUCAAAACCCACCUUUUUGCUAAGGCAUAUAAUUAGAAGUGACACCUGAUACACUGAUAUACUCCGCUAUGUUCCUUGGACUAAGAUGAAGACUCUCCUGUUUUCUGGCUUCAUCUAUAUCCUUCUACUCUAUUUUUCUAUCUCAAUGCAACCAGUCGAGACAGAUGGCCGCCCCACAAACCGUGGGUUCUGUUUCACGUUUUUUCCCCCAGAGGGAGUUUUUUCAUUGUUUUCAUUUAUGAGUGUGACAUUCAUGUGUAGAGUACCAUGAGAUAACUGUUGUUGCGAUUCAAUUGACUGAGACGAUAUUGCACCAAGACACCACAUGGACACCAUUUUCCUGUUUUGCCACAAUAUUUCUUGAAUUCAAUAGUGUUUCUCGCCUUCUUUAUCAAAAUGAACUUUCUUUGGCUUAAUUUUGGGUUACAGUAUUGAGGUGAGAAGCAAUUGAAUAUUGAAUUCAAAAAUCAACUCCCGUCAAAACAAGAAGGUGGUGGUGGUUGAUCUCACUGCCACAUUGUGUCUUUGGGGACAGUUGUCAAGAAUCACGUCUUCAAUGAAGGUAAUAGUAACAUCUUGUGGAAAAUUUCCGUUAGCACUGGUGGGGAGAAGAAAUAAACUGCUCAACGACAGAUCUAUCUUUUUGGGUAUUUAUUCUGUAGAAGGGGAAGACAGUUGGAACAGACAGUUGAGUCUGCCGCAAGUGUCCCCCCAAAGGACAGGACAGGAGCAUAGUUAUACAAACAUGAUCAGGACCUGUUGAUGUGGAAACGCCAUUGGAGAAACUUGUUUUGGGGACAGAACGGCUCAAGCCACAAGCAAAUAAUCAUAGCAAAGCAUCGUUUGUUCUGCUAGCAAAUCAGUCUGACAUUAGUGCAUGUUAGCAGAAAUACUGUAUUUGUUCAAAUCUGUUGACCUAAUGCUAAAAUACAAGAUUUCCAUCACAAACCUUAAAUGUUCAUUUAUCCCUUUCAUUCAUUUAUAUGUACUGUAUUUACUGUAGAUGCAUUUAAUUUCUUUUUCCUGCAUGUAAAAUCAUAAUUGUAAAGCUUUAAGAAUGUGUUUUGGGUUAACAUUUUUGGCUUUCUGGAACAGAUUCGUUGGAUUUACCUGAUUUCUGAUGGGAAAAAUGAUUUCGGUCAGAAUCAGACCUUCUGGAAUGAUUUAAUUACGCUAACCAAGGUUCCGCUGUAUGUGCAUAUUUAAGCAAUUUUUAAUUUUUUUUCCUAAAUUAAGUCUUUUCAAGUAUAAAAAUGACAGAAGGAAGUAAAAUACAAAUACAAGGCAUUCAGGAGACAUAUUCAAAGACGUUGUGAUGAUUUGUAGUAAUCUACACAAGUCACUAGGUGUCAGUAAUGUUAUUGUAAUGUUGGGUGAGACACAAGUACCAGACUUGAUCGCCCGAACAACAGGCUUUUAUUGCAGUUUUGAAUGAUUUCACAACAGGCACAAUAACCCAUGCACAAUAACAGCCCCUAAACACGGGCUCUUGCAGCGAUAACCCAAGCCAACUCAACUCUGAACCCCUGACGUCACUUCCUGUCCGCCCCCUACUCAGCUCCCCUAACACUGAAGCACAUUUACAGCAAUACACACAAGCACCAGUCUUAUUUAUGUCUAACUUUACAACUAUUUAUAAAUAAGGAAUCCUACUUGGCGGUAAUUCACUUAUCACAGUUGGGUAUGGAACCAAUUAACCACAAUAAACGAGGGAUUACUGUAAAUGUGUAUAUUUUAUGUCCAGACUUUCGGGUCACCCUGUGUAAUUAAAGAAAAAACCCAAAGUGAUGGCGGCAUAGCAAAUAUUGGUUUUAGUCGGACGUCCAACAGCAGCAACACUUCAACUUUAUUAUCACCUUUUGAAAUUUUUAUUAUCAAUAUUCACCUGAUAAUUUUGUAAAUAUUUUUUUUUCAUCUACCAAUUAAAAAAACAAAAUAAACAACUAUGGGAUGCAAACGGCCCAUGGGCCAGACUUUGGACACCCAAGCUCUAGUAUUAGUAGUAAUAAUAAUAAUAAUAGCAACGCACACACAUAUAAUAAAAAAAAUACAUAAUUAAAUGAAAUAACAUCAAAUUAACAAAAAUGUCAUGAUAUAUUAGAGAAAAUAAGAUGUCCUGAAUAAGUAGGUUUUGAGUGUGGAUUUUAAGAGAGGAAGAACUUAUGUUGCAGAUGCCCGGUUUGAGAGAGUUGCAAAGUUUGGGAGCAGAGCGGCUGAAAGCUCUGCAGCGGGUGGGACGGUGAAGUGGACGGAGGAGGAGGAUCUGAGGGAGCUAGAGGUAUAAAAAAAGGUGUAAAAAAAACGUGACAGUUUGAAUUUUUUCACAAAAAAUUAGAUGAACACUUUCUGCUCCUUACAACUGAGCAAGCGCCAACAAAAAUAAAUACGGGAAAAUAAGUUCUUUCCAAAAUUGCCUAUACCGUCCAUGCGCUUUCCACACUGUGCGAGAGAUAGUAUACAACCAGGACAGCAUUUUUAUUUACCGUAGUUCUUUUUUUGGACGUACACAUUUUAUAGCUUCAACAGUGUUUAAAACUACACAAUGAUCAAAUGCUCAACAUGACAAUUACUAGAGAGUGGAUUCAUCUGCAGUUGAACAUCACGAAAUACAGCUAUAUAAACAAUACAAUUAUUACAUUUUGAAUUUUUAUUAAAGGAUGACUUUUGCAAAGCUUCAAGACUGGGGUGUCCAAACUUUCUUCCGAGGGCCACAUACUGAAAAAUCUAAGGAUGUGAGGGCUAUUUUAAUACUUUUCAAUUAGCAGAAAGGGCUAAAGCCAAUCCAAGAUCAUUUAUACAUAUGGAAAACAUUCUGGUUGUUGGUAUUAACAUUUAAAUUCUGUCCUUUCUUUUUGUAGCUUUUUGACAUUUUUGAAUGUGCCAAUGGGCCACAAAUGGCCCCCGGGCCGUUCUUUGGACACCCAUGCUUUAAAAGUUGUACCAGUACACUCCAGAGAUUAUGACAAUUUUAUUUGGAGGCAUAAAUCAGAAUAAUACAAUGAAAAGCUUUUCCCUGUUUGGAUGACAGCCUUACUUUUUCUUUAAGUAAGUAAAAUAUACAGUACGUUGAUCACGCUAAUUAAUAAAAAAAAAUAACAGGUGAAUAAAUACAAAUUCUGUAGUAAUAGAACUUAACCCCCCCGGCCCCCCAAAACAAACAUUGUUAGUCAACGUGAUUUGUGUUGAAUUGUUGAGCUAUGAUGAUUGACUGCCACCUACAGGACAACGUUAGCGCCACCAGAUGCAGGCCUAGCGCUCCAUCCUGCACGUGCAUACAGUACUUUCGGCACAUUUCAAAUGUGGCAAUACUGUAUCUAAAGUGCUAUUUACUUUACAAUUUCUGUUAGGUCCGACUUCUACCACUUGAUUAUGUUUUCACAAGAAAAUGGUUGCAUUUCCGAUGAGCCCUAUCGCCACUUGUUACUUUUCGUUUACUUUCGGCAGCCAAGCGGGGAUAUUUUGUGUCUUAUGCUGGCCUAAGACUAAAAGGUUCAGUUUGACUGGUCUUUAACAACAGUGUUCCGUGUACUUUUUAAGAGUACUUUUCCUUACUAGUACAAUGCAGUUGUACAAUAGAUACCAGCUACUUAAAGACCUAAGCCUUUUUUCUGACAAGAAACGUUCACUUUUACUAAAGUCAAAUGCAGUUUGCUUUUUGUUGUACAGGAUGCCCCAACGCCUAACGUUUGCAAUAUAAAUAAAUACUAUAACAUGAAUACAUAGAAUGUAUGAAUAUAAUUUCAUAUUUAUAUAUUUACAUUUUAUUCAGAUAUUUUAAAAACUAUUUUCAAAUUAAUUACAUGUUUAUUUUAAUGAUUUUCAAUAAUUUCAGUUUUCAUUUACUAAGAAUGAAUUUCCCUGUUUCUGUAAUGUACAGUAAGUACAUGAUAUGUGCAAACUGCAUGUCCAGACUUUAGGGACACGCUGUCUAUGUAUUGUCAAAUAUGAUAGCAAUGACCGAAACCUAAAGGUAAAAUAAUAAAAUAGUAAACAUAAGACAAAAUCAAACUAAGCCUGUUGACUUUCCUCAUUUCAACCAAGCAUGCAUGCGAUCAACUUAUGGUGAUCAUCUGUACAAAGAAAUGAAUUCUGUGAGCGGUAUAGAAAUGAAUGGCUGGAGAUUAAGACAACUGCUUGUUAGUCAUUUUGUUGUUACUGACUGUUGUUUUUUUGUCUGCUUGCCUCUAAUUUGGCAGGUGAUAUCAAGUCAGUUGGAAAACCGCUCGUAGUACCGAACGCAGUGCUUUUGAGAAAACUACAGUGAACAAGGCUGACAGAUUAUUUCCCUGUUUGCCAUCACUGGAAGUUUGCAUGGAUCACCAACUUCACACAGAUCAUUAAAAAAUAAUGAAAUAAUGAAGUCCUGCAGGUCACUUCCACACAUACACAGUACACAGAUAGCUGAAUAAUAAACAAUAAAUAUAGCAACUUCUAAUCAAUCCAUGUCAAUGUCAGACUUAAAAUAAUGUACAGAUUUAAGCCCCACCCAUUUGCGGUUAAACCACGCCCACUCUCGGUUUCUGCCCCGCCCACUCCGAGUACAGAUACGACACAGAUAGUUUAAAUGGGUGAACAGAAGUCAAACAAUGAUUGCUAAUCUAGCUAUACAGAUGAACUCAGAACAUUUGAUUGAGCAUGCAUAGCCCCGAAAAUUUGCAGGUUUGUAGUAAAAAAAAAAAUCAUAUUCACCAUAAGUGGGUAGUAUGUUAUGAAUACGUGAUAAUACAGGUAAAAUGUACAGCAUACAUGUACCGGUGUUUAAAAAAAGCCCACAAUUUUUACUUUCAUGACUUUACUUGUUUUUUUUUGUCAAGUGCUGAGAUUACGCACUUUGUUCGGCGGUCUUUGCACACACCAGUCAGUAGUUGGGUGUUUAGAGUCCAUCUGUUCAUGGAUCAAAUUACAGUAUCAUUCACUCGCUUAAAACGUGUAAAAAGUUCCAUGUGUUGAAUUGGGCUGCAUGAUGGCGUAGUGGUUAGCAUGUUGGCCACACAGUCAUGAGAUCUGGGAGAAGAUGGGGCGGCAUGGCUCCGGUGGCAGAGUGGUCGUCUCCCCACCUUAGGCUUGCAGGUUUGAUCCUCAGUCCUCCCGUGAUCCAUCCUUGGGCAAGAGUCUUUACAGGUGCUCCUGAUGCUGCGUCAUCAGUAGGUGAAUGUGCUAACAGUGUCAAAGCGCUUUGAGAUGGAAAAGCGCUAUACAAGUGAAAGACCAUUUACCAAGAACUGGGUGUAGUUUGUUCUUCCUGUACUUGGGUCUUCUCCGGGUACUAUGUUUUCCCCGCACAUGCACAAAUAUGCAUGUUGGGUUAAUUGGAGACUCUGAAUUGUCACUAAGUAUGAAUGUACUGUAAGUCUGCCUAUACUGUUGGCUGGCGACCUCUUGCCCAAAGUCAGCUGGGACAGGCCCCGCAGCCCAAUCAGCUAAAAGCUCCAUAAAAUUGAUUGAUUCAAAUCACAAGCACCUAAAUGGACAAAAAACAAGCCAACAGUCAGAAAUCCAGCAUAUAUCAUGAAUAAUUUCAUAAAACAAAAUACUAAUGUGACAAACUUGCCCUAUCUUGAAAGCUAACACUUACAAUAGUAAAAGUAUCAUUCCUCUACCAGUAACUCAAGUAUUAGCGUUUACAUGCACCAAGUUAUUAUUUAUUCUUUUUGGCUGAAAAGACAUUAUCAGUAUAAAGACAUAAACAUGUAAGCUGUACAUGUUACCUGUAUAAUCACCUAUUUGUAAAUUACUGUCAAUUAGGGUGAAUGAGAUAUGAUCCGGAAAAAACAGACUAAAAAAAACAACCAUUUUUCACAGCUGUGAAUGAAUGAAUGAAAGAAUGCACGGGGAUCCACUGUAUUGUUACAUUGUUAUAUUUAUACAGUAAUCCCUCAGCACUGAAUUUCGUGACUUCACUCUAUUGCAGUUUUUGAAAAAUAUAUUGGCAAAUCACUGGUGGUUGAAUACGGCCUGUUUGUAAAAAAAAAAAGAAAAAAAAAGCAUAUUUAAGCAAAUGUUCCUUUUUUCCCCUCCAGAUAAGAUAUGCCUUUAUUAGUCCCACAUGGGGAAAUUCCAGAAUGAAGCAUUUCCAAACAUAUAAAUGGCUAAAUGAAUAAAAAUACAAAGAUAAGGCAUUCAGAAGCAGUUAUGUAGUAUUGUACACUGGUCACUAGGUGUCAGUAAUGUUACUGUAAUGUUGGAGAGACACACAAGCACCAGACUUGAUCGCCGAAAAAAAAGCUUUUUAUUGCAGGUUUGAACGAUCUCACAACAGGCACAAUAAUCCCUAACACAAGCUACUGUUGCGGCCGUAACCAGUGCCAAGCUAAAACUCAACUCUGAACCCCUGAUGUCACUUUCUGUCCGCCCCUGCACCCAGCUCCCCUAGCACCGGAACACAUUUACAGCAACACACACAAACACCAGUCUUAUUUAUGUCUUAUUUUCUCUUAUUAUGUCUACUAUAUAGGGUAAUAUGAGUGUAAAGGUGACUCUAGGCGUGUUAUUUCAUGUCUAGAAGGCUCUAAUAAUGUUAAAAAUUGUAUUUAGAAGGUUGUAAGCCAGUUUUCUAUGCUCCAACUACAAAAAUAUUCCAUUUAUAAAGAAGGAAUCCUACUUCGCGGAAAUGAAUUUGUCACAGUUGGGUCUGGAACCAAUUAACCGCCAUAAACAAGGGAUUACUGUAUUUAUAUAUUGUUACAGUAUUUACAAACUCAGGGAAUAAGGGCUUUGGGGGCAAAUGGAUUUAAAUGAAAGCCAAUAGUAGUUUUUUCUUUUAUUUUUGCACUAUUGACUCAAACAAUUGCAUGUAAGAAAAUUGGUAUCAUUAUGGGAAUCAGCAGUACCGGCCCUGUAUUUGCUUGGUAUCAAAGUGAUACCAACAGUUCCCGUAUUACCCAACCCUUUCAGAAACCUGCUGGCCUUGACAGUGCAGAUAAAAGAGACAUGAAAAGAUCAACAGACAUGCUGGUAGAAAUAGAGUCACUCUCCCAGGACCGGCGGGAAGAGAAUCAGUCGAGCGCUUCACAUUCCUGCCUCCGACCCUUUUCACCCGCCAACACGUCACUCUGUAAAACGGUACGGCAGCUGUUGGCGUCCAUCAGCUCAAAGUGCGUCGACAAACAUAUCCAGUGCACAACGCACACACCCACAAUCACACACAAAUGUCAGAACCACCGAGAUACACACAAACCUGUGUUCAAUCCUAGUACACUUGUGUUGAUAUUUUGUGAUAGACAGUUGGUAAGCAGUUUCACACAUAAAAUCACAAUAUCUGCAAGGCUGCCAUACUUCCCAGCUGGCAUAACAAACGGCCAGAAUGGUGCCGUGUGAUUGUGAGGCGUAGUCUGACUGGUAAGUCAUUGAAAAAGCACAUUUAAUGGUAGGACACACUGAAGCAAUAGCAAGCAGAAGUGUGUUUCUUCUAAAAGGCAAAUUCAAAAAGGGUCUUCAUAUAAGCUGGAUGAGGCACAAACUUUAUUGCAGCAUUGGAAACGUUUCAAAUUUCAAGAGGUGCUGGGUGGAAAUGGAGCAUUAUAGAUGAACCAUAUUCAAAAGACUGCAAAGGCGACGGAAAUUGUAGCCCUCACACUCACUCACAUUCAUGGUCCAUGUGUGCGCUUGUUUCGAAACCUGAUCGAGAACCUAACGCUGAGGCUCAGGUGUUGUUUUCUCUCUCGUUGCCAACCAGAGACCACUUGCUUCAACUUUCACUGCCUUCUAAGUGGAGGCACAAAUCAUCCCCAGUCCAAUCAGGUUGCGCCGAACACCCAAGAGUCAUCUCAUCCAUCCAGAAAUGAUGGUGGUGGUGUUGGUUUCGUCUUUCUCUCCCACGUCUUUUUUUCCUCUUGCUCCACAUUCUUUUCUCGCUUCCUUGGCUCAUCUAUUUUCAGUCCUCCAUUUUGCACGUCUGCCAUUCAGACGGGAGCCACGUUUGAAAGGUCCCUGGCCGAUGGAGAGAAACUUGGGCGUGAAGUUUGGGUAAAUCUGAAAGGUCAAACAAGUUGUCAAAAGGAGGAAGUCCAUUAGGAAUUUUCAGUGUAUGUUUAUAUAUGUUGUGCGUACAGGCAAAUACGGGAAUUUAUAAAUGAAGUGAAUUAAAGUGUCUAACAUGACAAGUUAUUUGUUAUUUUUGGUCAUUUUGUCUGAGUUGAGUAAUACUGCAGAGAAAAUAAGUGUUUGAUCCCCUGCUGAUUUUGUACAAAGAUAUGGACAGUCCAAAACGUUUAUGGUAGCUUUACUGUACCUGAGCGGGACGGUUCCCCUUCUGCCCUCCCCUACCUUUCAUUCCCUUAUUGCAGUGUCCUGAUGUACAACUCUUGAAAAGGUCCCGAUGUGGAAUCAUCGCUGCGUAGGCCCGCCUGAAGGAACCACCACCAGUUUAGAUUGUUUCUUCAUGUUUUAUGCCACUUCUGUUGACCUCCUGCUUUUCCUGCACUUUUUGCAGCGUGAUUCACCUUCUUCCCUGCCUGACCCCGUUGCUUCGUUCGCUGCCCAGUCUUCCCUGCACUCCCCAUCGAGGAGUCCCUCCACCCCUGUUGACAUACUCUAAGUAUCAAUAAAUUCUAGUCUUUUGCUCACACUAAGGUGUCUCCAUUUUGGAGUUCAGCAAACCAGCCAGUACCAAUCCCUGCCAGGGACAGAAUGUAAAAAAAUGUCUGUAUUUGACAGAGAAAAAGACAUAUUUGAUCCCCUACUGAACAGUAAGCACUGUGACCUCCAACAGAGCGGUUAUGUGUCCAUGAAACACACAAAUGAGUCCUGUCCCCCCAAGAACGUACGCUAAUCUCAAGUCAUUACGCAGAUAAAAGACACCUGUUACUCAAACACUCUGUUUCAAUCAAACGUCUGCACCACCAUGGGCAAGACCAAAGAGCUGACCUCAUCAUUUGUAGACCUCUGUACAAGACUAGAAUGGACUAGAAGCGCAUGAAGAAUAAGUUUGGUGUGAAAGAGAGCACUAUUGGUGCAAUCCUUGAUCAAUGGAAGAAAUCCAUCACCUUGGGUCUGGGGCUCCAUGCCAGAUUUCACCUGGUGAGGUAAGGAUGACUUUGAGAAAAGUGAGGGAGUAAACCACAAUGACAAGGGAGGAUAUGGUUGAUGAUGUCAAGGGAGUUGGGAGCGCAGUCAGCAGGAAAAGCAAGAGCAAAACACUUUGCUGUAAUGAAUUUAGAUCCUGCAGUGCCCGCAAGAUCCCCCUGCUCAAGAAGACACAUGUACAGACCCAUCCGAACCUUGACACAUGACAACACACAAGGCUUAGGAGAGAGAAGAAUUUGAGUUCACCAACAGCAUCCUGACUAUCAAACAUGGAGGUGGAACCCAAAAAUCCCUCCUGAGAUGUGUGCAACCCUGGUGAGCAACCACAAGAAACGCCUGACCUCUGUGGUUGCCAAUAUAUACGACUAAACCACCUUAUGUAUUGGGAUCAAAUACUUAAAAAAUACUUGUACAGAAAAUAGAUUUUUAACCUUUAUUUAAUGUUAUUUUGUCUGCAUUUUUUCUACAUUCAUCCCUGUGAUCCAAUAAUCCCUGCAUAAAAAAUCAGGACUGUCCAUAUCUUUGUAAGGGGCUAAACCAAUGGUUCUCAAUUAUUUUCUGUCAUGCCCCCACUGUGGGACAGAAAUAUUUUCGUGACCCCUGAUUUGAAAUACUAUUGAGAAACUGCUAAUAUUUAUUUAUUUAUCUGUACUGUACAGACUGAACUCAAAACUCAAACCAGCGAAAUGCAACAAAAUGGAGAGCAGUGAAGCAUACAAGCAUAUUCAAGUGUCAAAUUGCAUGCUGAGUACGACAAAGUCAUACAUGUUGGCAGGUCUGCACUAAUAUUGAAAGUGCUCCCUCUCUGUCAUGCCCUCACAGACAGUUCACCGCUGCCCCCCCACAGGCUACUAAGUUUCUACUGUAUAUAGUUAUUAGUGUCUGACCCAUGCAUAAAGUAAAAAGAUGUGGGUCAUAGUUAAGCUUGGUGGUCAUGCGGGUUUAAGGUAUGGCUCUGCAGGGGUUUGAACAGGUGAUACUUUAAUGCUAAUCCACCACAGCAGAAUCAUAUUGGACAUUUAACAAAUAACAUUUAAAAUGUGCUAUUUGAAGGUCCUGUUUUCAAACUUCAAAUAUACUAUGGUGUGAAAAAGUGUUUACC